CGUCAGUUUCGACUGAGGAGAUGCUUCCAUAAGCCCUAACCUAGAGCUCACCGUCCCGCUGCAUCCGCGAAACUCAUUGGCGUCGCAUGAGUAGUGCCCAGCAGCGAGGCUCUCAAGCAUAGAUUUCCAACUAUAUCCUUCCAGUUUCUCUGAUACCCGUGAUACCGGUACUUACUCUCGUACGGGUCUCUCGCAACUCGUACAUCGCGAUGGCUGCUCUACCUCCGCAGCUGCCCUCGGCUUCAACCAUUCCUGCUUUGGCUGCGGCCGCGGCCUACAUCAAUGCGCGGACCUUCUUGUUCUACGAUCUUGGGAUGCUGAGAUCCAUCCUUCCAACCCUACUCAAUGUUGCCUGGUGGAGGAAUCGAGGACGCCUGAACUACUUUUAUCGCCUCGAGGACCUGGCCACUUCCAAAUCCUCCGAAAACCGUCUUUUUCUGCGCUUCGAGGAUAAGACUUAUACCUACGCUCAGGCCUACGACACCGUGUUACGCUACGCCGCUUGGCUCCAGGAUCGCCGCAAUGUCAGAAGCGGCGAACUGGUGGCGCUGGACUUCCAGAACACCGACACCUUCAUCUUCCUGCUCCUCGCUCUCUGGUCGCUUGGCGCCGUGCCUGCGCUCAUCAACAACAAUCUCAGCGGCAAACCCCUCACCCAUUGCGUCAGGAAGGCAACGACCCGGCUCGUCCUAAUCGACCCCGUUGUUGCCGGCAACAUUGGGGAAGAUGUCCGGUCCGAGUUGAGUCAGAUCCACUUCGAAGUCGUAACCCCGGAGCUCGAGAGACAAAUGUUAUCCAUGGAGCCCGCCCGGCCGCCUGAUGAGCUUCGGAACGACAUCGAUGGAAAUUCAAUGGCCGUCCUCAUAUACACCAGCGGAACCACGGGCUUGCCGAAAGCUGCGAUAGUGCCAUGGGCCAAGCUGGCAGUUGUUGGGUCGUUCACCGCUCGCUGGAUCGGGACCGGCAAAAACGAUGUGUUUUACACGGCCAUGCCCCUUUACCACAGCACAGCCCUCCUGCUUGGCUUUGUCCACACCCUCUCCGUCGGCGCCACGUUUGCCAUAAGUCGCAAGUUUUCGACGAGCUUGUUUUGGGACGAAGUGCGCAGACACAAGGCUACCAUCAUCCAGUACGUUGGCGAAACAUGUCGCUACCUGCUAUCCGCGCCUGUACGCACCGAUCCGGUCACGGGCGAGAACCUCGACCGCAAGCACCAUGUGCGCGUGGCCUUUGGCAACGGCCUCCGCCCGGACGUGUGGAACCGAUUCAAGGAGCGCUUCGGAAUCGAAACUAUCGCGGAAUUCUACGGCGCCACGGAAGGCACCAUGGCCAUGUGGAACCUGAGCCGAAACGACUACAGCAUGGGCGCCAUAGGUCGCAGCGGUGCACUCUACAACCUCAUCCUCGGCAGGACCAUCGCCAUCGUCGAGGUCGACCAUGAGACAGGGCUCCCGUACCGUGAUCCCAUAACAGGCUUCUGCGUGCGCGUACGGCCCGACGAGCCCGGCGAGCUGCUGUUUAAGCUACCGCCGAAGGACGUCGGCUCGCGUUUCCAAGGCUACUACGGCGACCAGGAAUCCUCAUCAAAAAAGGUCAUGAGGUCCGUCUUCGGCAAAGACGACGCCUGGUUCCGAACCGGCGACGUGGUGCGCUGGGACCGCGAAAACCGCGUAUACUUUAUGGACCGUAUCGGCGACACGUUUCGCUGGAAGAGCGAGAACGUCUCGACGGCCGAGGUUGCGCAGGUCGUCGGCCUGCACCCGGCUGUCCUGGAGUCGAACGUGUACGGGGUCCAGCUGCCGCACCAUGAGGGGCGUGCCGGGUGCGCCGCCGUCGUCUUCAAGCCGUCGGCUGUAGUCGGUGAGCCCAAUGGUUUGCCGAGCAGCGAGACGCUGAAAAGCCUGGCCCAGCACGUCCGACAAGGGUUGCCCAAGUACGCCCUGCCGCUCUUCAUCCGUGUCGUAAGGAACGGCGCGAUCCAGACCACGGGCACGAACAAGCAGCAAAAGAAUCGCCUGCGCGAGGAGGGCGUGGAUCCCGCCAAGAUUGGCUCUGACACUAUUUUUUGGCUAAGAGGCGAUUCGUAUGUCAGGUUCGGACCCAAGGAGUGGAAGAAGUUGCAAGCUGGUGGUGUCAAGCUUUGAGGUUGUGAGCAUGGCCAGCAGGAGUUGCUUUCGCAGUCCAGGGCAUUGCCUUUCUCGGUCCUCUCCCAUGAUUUCCUUAGUCGGAGUUGUUACUUAUCUCUGGGAGGAUACCUAUUUGAUGCUCG